AUGGAAUUGAUGGUUACAGGACAGAAGCCAAAACUUAUUUGUGUGCUUUGGGCCUACAUUUCAGUGACCGUGUUGGCAAUCUUUAAUGAACUGCAUGCAGAUGUGGAUCUUUAUGCUCUUCUGUUUGGAGAGAGUGUCCUGAAUGAUGCUGUUGCCAUUGUACUGUCCUCGUCCAUUGUUGCCUAUCAGCCAGCAGGACUAAAUACCCAUGCUUUUGACGCUGCUGCCUUUUUUAAGUCAGUUGGCAUUUUUCUAGGCAUAUUUAGUGGCUCUUUUACCAUGGGAGCUGUAACUGGUGUUGUGACUGCUCUAAUAUCCAAGUUCACUAAGCUGCACUGCUUCCCCCUGCUGGAGACAGCACUUUUCUUCCUGAUGUCCUGGAGCACGUUUCUUUUGGCUGAAGCCUGUGGAUUUACAGGUGUUGUAGCUGUCCUUUUCUGUGGGAUUACACAAGCUCAUUAUACAUAUAACAAUCUGUCAGUGGAAUCAAGAAGUCGAAGCAAGCAGCUUUUUGAGGUGUUACACUUUCUGGCAGAGAACUUCAUCUUCUCCUACAUGGGCCUGGCACUGUUCACCUUCCAGAAGCAUGUUUUCAGCCCCAUUUUCAUCAUUGGUGCUUUUGUUGCCAUCUUCCUGGGCAGAGCUGCACAUAUCUAUCCACUCUCCUUCUUCCUCAACUUGGGCAGAAGGCAUAAGAUUGGCUGGAAUUUUCAACACAUGAUGAUGUUUUCAGGCCUGAGGGGAGCGAUGGCAUUUGCACUUGCCAUCCGUGACACAACAUCCUAUGCCCGCCAGAUGAUGUUCACAACCACGCUGCUCAUCGUCUUCUUCACUGUCUGGGUCAUUGGUGGAGGCACGACACCCAUGUUGUCAUGGCUCAAUAUAAGAGUUGGUGUGGAGGAGCUCUCCGAAGAGGACCAGAAUGAGCACCGCUGGCAGUACUUCAGAGUUGGUGUUGACCCUGACCAAGACCCACCACCUAACAAUGACAGCUUUCAAGUCUUACAAGGGGAUGGCCUGGAUUCUGUUGGAGGAAGCAGGACAAAGCAGGAGAGUGCAUGGAUAUUCAGGCUGUGGUACAGCUUUGAUCACAAUUACUUGAAGCCCAUUCUCACCCACAGUGGUCCCCCAUUAACUACCACUCUCCCAGCCUGGUGUGGCUUGCUAGCUCGAUGUCUGACUAGUCCCCAGGUGUAUGAUAAUCAAGAGCCACUGAGAGAAGAUGACUCUGAUUUCAUCCUGACGGAGGGUGACCUCACCUUGACCUAUGGAGACAGCACUGUGACUGCAAAUGGCUCCUCGGGCUCCUACACAGCCUCCACAAGUCUUGAGGGUGGUCGGAGAGUGAAAAGCAGCUCUGAGGAAGUGCUUGAGCGAGAUCUGGGAAUGGGAGAUCAGAAGGUUUCCAGCAGGGGCACCCCCCUUGUGUUUCCACUGCAGGAAAAUGCAUGACUUCCCCCUAAGUCCUGAAGGAUCAGGGAGGCUCUCAUGAGAAUGAGGAUGGUCAAAUGCCCCAGUGUGUUUGAGGUGUGGCAUAAUUGAGUUAAACUAACGCUUCUGUUUCAUUGGGCCCUGAAACUAUCAUCACUUAAAACUUAACCCAAGACUCAGAUGGUAAAGCUAAAAUGUCUCUAAAUUAAGACAAUGCAAGCCUAUUCCCACUUUCCCACAUAGUAGUAUGCUGUUUCAGAGUUAAACAAAACAAUAGCAUGCUUUUAAUGGUUAUUCACUUCAUCUGCCUGCAGCAUCUGACCAUGGUAGGGCAGAUAAGUGGCUUCAACUCUGUACUGUAAUGCCAGUCUAGCUGGCUUAAGAAACAUCAAGUUGGGAAGGCAAGUUAGACAAAAGACAGUGAAGACAGGAAACUGAAAUCAGAAUCCCAAUGGUGCCAGAUGCUCGUGUCAACCAGACUCAGACAGUAGAGCCCCUGGCUCAGAAGACUUACACAACUGCAUCCUCCUGUCAGAGUUCUAGCUGUUCUAUCUGUGUUACUCUUAGACUGAAGAUUAGGAAGUGUGGCCAUAGGCUGGGCAUUAACUCAGUGCUAGAGUGCUUACCUGAAAUGCACAAGACCCUGGGUUCCAUCCCCAGCACUGCAAAAAGUGUGUGUGUGGGUUUCCAAGAGCACUUCAAUGUGGGGAAAAUAAGUCUAGUUCCUUCUCCAGAAAUCUCUAUGAAAGAGUUAUUGAAAUGUUUAAAACCAAAGGCAAAUCCUGUUCUGUUGUUCUUUUUUAAUUGAUCUGAGGACAGGAGGUAUUGAGAAACUGCUGAUGACACCAUUGCAAUACUCACUUGACUUUGGAGGCUACCAUGUAAGCCCAUUGACCAGAAGGUAAUUGGUAGGUUGAGGUGAAUCUGCAAUAGGGUUUACUAUAACGUGGACAUUGCUAUUAUUGAAGGAAGAGAAAGCAGGAAGAAAUGGAAGAAGCCACAAACUAUGGUUAGAAGAGAUUUCAAUGUAAAAAAAAUAACCUGCAAUGAAAAGAUAGAACUCUUUAUUUUUAUUUUACAUCUUUAGGACAAAAACUUCAAUAUGUAUAAUAACUACUUUUCCAUUGGUACUAUUUUCAACACCUAGAAAAUGAAAACCAUUCUGCUGCUUUUAUUUUGAUCUGAACUUUUGCUCCUAAAAAUACAUAUCCAAAGCCCUGUAAAUGGUUUAGCUUUUCUGCUCUUCCAGGGAAGACAGGGAAGUCCAUAAAAAACAAAUCAGGCCUUAUAAAACUAUAAGAUGACUGUCAUUCUGACCUCUGACACCUUCUUUUGUGAGAUUUGAUAACUCCAGGAAUCAGAAGUGACUUACCUCCUUGUGUGUGACAGUUGCUGUCUCCUGAGCAACCUUCUUGUGGUACAGGGCUUGCUGCCAUGUUCCACUUUUCUAAUUUCUGAACCCUUUCUUCCAGCCUGACUUGGUUUACUUUCUUAAGCAAUUAUGUUUGUUAUAUUUAGCUAUGUUCAGAUAUAUAGGAUUAUUUCUGGUUACAGUCUGAAGACCCAUCAAGUAAGCUGGAGAACUUCUGGACAUGCUUUGAGCCUUCCUUUGUGUGGCCAAUCAAGCUGCCCCAAGACAGUCCAAAUCAAUCAGAACUUCUUCAGAAGGCACUACAGAUCUCCAUAUCUCCUGAGUUCUAGUGGUCAAAAAGUGCUGCGUUAACCAACUGUCUCUUUCUUCAUGGGAUGCCUUUUCCUUCAGUCCCACAUGAAAACUGGAUUCUGUAAAGCUGCUUCAUCCGAAAAUUCUUUUUAUGGUGGUGAAGUAGUACUGGCACCACAUGUAGUGAGCAGCUGCUGGAAAUGCUGUUCUUUUGAGCAUUUCUUUACAUUGCUUAAUCUGUAAUUUCAGUUUCUUUUUAAGUCCACAGUCUUGUAAUGAGAUAACAUCUUCAUCAUUCAAAUCUUCUCAAUGUAUCAUGUGUGACUUGGUUAUCAGGUUUUCUGUGUGACGUCAAUAUUCUCCACUGCUUUCUUGUGUUGUUUUAAGCUGCUCCCUUGAGGCUUUACCAGAAAGGCCCCACAUGCUUGCUCAGGUCAACUCCCCAAUGUGAUGACCCCACUAAAGAAACAAUUCCUGUAUCAUCUGCCAUUUCUUUGUGUUUGUUUUUGGGGGAUGUAAUUCAGCAUUUUCCAUCAGAAUUUGUCCCUGAUAAUCAACUUAUAAUCAUUCAAGUCAAUAGUUUCCUCUUUGUUUCUGGCUUCUAUUUUGCUCAUUCUCUGGGAGCCUAUGUUUACAUCAACUCUCCUUGCAGAAUUUAUAAUGGCUGUGGUUGGUUUUCAUUCUUCCUGUUUGUAGUAAGUUGAUGAGGACAGGCCUUUCUGUAUUUAUGCUCUUGUUCCUUUUGCAUCAUGGCUAUACUGUAUAGCUUAGUCUGCAACAUCAGGUAGUAAAUUCUGUAUCUUCUCUUUCUCAUUUUUUGGUAGAUUCUUGUUCUUGAAUCAUAAGUCCCUCUCUCCUGAAGUCUAGACAUCUCUUUUGAAGGAUUCUAGUUGCUCCCUGAGUUGCUUAGCAGGUCUGCAGAGGGCCCAUAGCACUUCCCAGUUUCAGAUUCUGUGUUUUCCCAUCUUCCUAAGCUGCAAGGUUCCUCCUGUGAAGUACAAGUAGCUCACCCAGAGGGUUCAAAACAGAAUCUAUACUUAAUUCUCUCUUUGUCUUUUUAUUCUUGCAUUCUUCAUAUAAUGAAUGAAAACUAAAAGUAGUCAACUCUUGGUCAAGAUAUGGAACAUUUUAGUCAAUACUCUCUUCUGUGCAUUUAUGGUCAGAAAGGCAUUUUCCACUGGGAAUAAAUUUGAUUGAGACAUCAUUAUUUCUGAGGUAUAAUGAGAGAUAAUUCUGCUUUCUGCCAUCUGACCUGGAACUAUGGCAUUCAUUCAGUUUCCAGUUACCUGAGGAACCCAUUACAGCAAUGAAAGUCUUAGAACAGCUGCUGUCAUUCAAACAUCUCCAUCAAGGCCCCAGAGAUGCAGAGUCUGUGCCACCUUUUCCAGCAGCCCUAUAGGCAGGACAGGCACCAAAGGAAACAGGAAGGAACUGCUUGCUCCUGCACUGAAGACUUCCACUGUAUUUAGUGGGGCCAGCUAUGCUCCAUAGCAGUCUUAAGACUUAGUCAGAACUUGAGAUAUUAAACUGAUGCACGCAUGCAGUAUUAGUGGCUACAUGAGAAACAAGAAGCAAAGUAAUGGGGCAUAACCCAGCAGAAAAUUCUGUCUUCUAUAAUUUUAGGAAUUUCUCUUGAUACUGAGUGCCAUGCAAAGAAUGCUGUUUUCUUGGUGGAGAGGCUACUGCACCAGCUUAAUAUGGACAUGGUUUGAAAUACAGCAUUUCAGUUUAAAUUCUUUCUGGAUAAGGUAUCCUAAUUUACCCACUCUUAAAGUAGGUAAAGUACUAAGAGAAAUAUUAAGAGUUUUCCCCAUGUCUUACAGUGGUAGCAGUUUUGGUAACACAAUUUCUAAAAGAUACUUUUUUCAUAACAUGGCAUUUUUUUCUCCUUAUUGCAUACAAAAUAAUGCCCACAAGCACUAAGACAUCAAUAACCAUCUGAACAGCCUAGUCUUAGCAUAAUCAUGUGGUAUUGCUCUUAAAGGAUCUUAUCAUCUUUAUUAUUUUGAAACAUGGCCUUGAUCUUAGCUUACAAAAUGUGGAGACUCACUCUGACUUCCCAGGAGUUCUCAAAGAUGAAGCUACCUGUAGAAGUUGUGUCCAGGCUGCGUGAAGAAAAUUAGGGGUGCCACAAAGCUCAGAAACUGCCUGCUUCAAAGCCAGCUGUCUGGAAACCAGACUGGAAUUGCUGAGUAAUGGUCAUGUUUGUGUGAGAAACUAAUCGAAGUCAUCUUUCAAACCUGUUGGUUGAGUUGAGGGAGAUGACAGCUCUGAGGACUGGAAUCUUCUAGAUCAGCUAUUACUUUUGUCUGCAUAUUACUUUUGUCUGGUCUUGAAUUUAAAAUUUCCAAGGUUGAGGAUUUGGCUUAGCUAUAGAGCACUUCCUGCCAUGCCAAGGCCCUGGGUUCUAUUCCCAAGUACUGAAAUAAAAAUGCCAGUGAAAGGUGUGGUACCCUCAAAAUUUGGAUUCUGUAGCUUCUGGGUGGAGCCCGGCAUGCAGGGUUUGUUUUUGAAACUUCCAGUAUUUCUCCUGUGCAGAAGGGUUGAAUCUUUUGGAUAAAGCUCAUAAGGAACCCUUUAGAAGGUUAGGUCAUUCCUUUGAAUGACCCAAUGAGUUAAGUGUUAGUGGCCAAAAUAAAAACUGAUUAUGAAUGCUGACUAGGCCACCAUAUAACUUUCAUGCUCAUUUUGAAGAAUUCAAAGUUGUCUUCCAUAUGAAAAAGACUUGAAGGAGAGAGGAGGGUAACUUGAGGCUAUGCCUGGAUGAAUUUCAAACUUAGUCAUCUUUAUUCCCAGUUGUGGGUGGGGAAGGGAGCUUUUGUCUGAGCUGCUGAGUAGUCCAACACAAAGGAUUCUGGGAAGUUUUCCUUUCAACUCAAUGUGGAAUUAAAUUAAUAGUUCCUUUUUGUGGUCAAACUUUAUCUUAUUAGUUCACAUGCCUUAUAACAGGAUAAGGGUAAAUCCAUUUACUGUGAGCAGCAUAGGGAAGGUUGUGGUCACUGUUGACACAUGUCAGCAAUGGUACAACUCUGAUAUAAGAUGAAACCCACCCAUUCCUUUUCAUAAUGCUCCUGUGGGAACUACCUAAGAAGCCUAAGCUUUCCUGGAAGAGGUAUUCUAGCACUUUAAGAAGGUUGUGCUUCUUCCUAGCAAUGCCAUAGAAAGGCCAUACCCGCUCCAUUCAUCUAGGAUGUUUCCUAGAGUGAUAAUGAUGUCUUGGACCUAAACAAAUCAUGCUAUGUUAUCAAAUGUCUCAUCAAGCAAACAGCAAGGAGCACCCUGGGUUGGAUCCUUUAGACCUCCAAAUGCCUGUGGUUUCAUAGAAAAAAUAAGAUCUCUUUUGAGAGGGAAAAAAGUUAUCUGUAUGUGAACAGUUCCAUCUAGAGCACAGACCAGUUCCUUCCAAAACAAAUGUCUGAUUCACAUUGCUCCUCCACAGCCUCUCCCUUCCUUGUCUCCAGUGGAAGAGAAUGUAAUCAGGCCAGAUGCUCAGUGUGAACCAUUGGUUCCCCAGGGCAGAAACACCACUGAGAUAAGAGGACAAUUGAGCCAGUCAUCAGAGGUGCAGACCAUCCUCUUGUAACCUGCCUCUUCCCAGUAUGAAGUCUAAGAGAACUAAAAGUAACCCAGAACCAACAUCAUCAUCCACCUAAAAUGUCAGGGAGGGCUGCUGGGGUGGCAUUUUGCUGAGCUGAUGGUUAUAGUAGGACACUUGGGUGCUUGAGAGUCUUAUACCUGCCCUUUGAUACUGACUCUUAAGUUGGGGCAGACCCUCUCCUGUGUGUUGAGUUGAGCACUUCUGUUGUUUUUUUAACUGAGUCUCUGGUUUGCUGGCAGAAGCUGCAGUGUUUUGAGGCAGUAAGUUGAAUGAAUCUAGUGGCCAAGAGUUUACUUUAGAAACAACACAUCUGAAUACUGCUUUUACCUGUUUGAUACCUAAAAUGACUUUACCCCUUUCAAAACAUAGUUUGAACAAUCCAUAGAGAAAUUUCCUAGGAGUGAGUGUGCUGACGUCAAACCAAAAAAGCACUCCUUGACAAUUCUUUCAAAACAGGACCUAUAAACAAACUUUUUCCUGCGUUCAUAGACAUUUGUCAAAUUAGCAGGUAUAUCUUAUCACCAAGUGCUGGAAAAUUAUAAAGAGCAAAAUUAAAGUUUUUUAUGUCCAUUUUAUUUUCCUAAGCAGGAUAUGCUAUAAUUGUGGCCCAGUUGGAACAUGUGGGCAGCCAUGUUUAGGUCACUGAAGCCUUGGGGAACACUAAAAGAAGGGUCUCUCUGUUGUGCUGCUUUUUGAGAUGGCCUCAAGUGUGUAUGAGAACACACAACACAGGCCAUCAUUUUCUUCUCGCAUCACCAUUAACAGGUCAGAAAAGGCUCUCUAAAGGCCCCUGUCUGCCUUCAACUCUUGGCCAGUGGAAAAUUUGCCUUGCUGUAUAUGCUGAAGAAACAGACUAAAAACGAAGUGAAUAGCACGAAGCACUGCAGGUUUGCUGUUGAAAGCACUUUCCGAAAAUGACCAUCCUGGUGUUCAUGGAUAGGUACCUGCAGGAAUGUUUGGGGCUGCUUAGGUUAUGAUGGUUCUACUUGCAGGCUUUGGAGGAACAGACAAUACUUUUUAGUUUUAUGGGUAUUCAAUGUGUGGAUAUAUAAAUUAGUGCUGAAAGCACUUAUUUAAAGUAUAACUUCACGGUAGGGCCAUUUCUUCCUAGGUUUUCCUUUCUUUUUUAUCCUAAAGCCACCUGGUCCUUCUUUUGGGACAUUUUACUAUACCCACUAAGAUAAUGGAAUGCAAAGACCAUACAGAUUUGCUGGCUAACUGGAAAGCAAUUUUUGAAGCAGAAUAGGGGAAUUUUAACAUGCAUUGAUGGGACUUUCUGGUGAACUUUUUAUAGAGAGCCUACAUAGUAUAUUUGGAGAGAAUUUUAUAGAAAACAACAAAGCGUGUUUUAACUGUGAAAAUUAAAGACUUGGAAUUAUCUUCAACCUUUAUGUGCAAUAAGGAAAACAGCAGUAGGAACCCUAAAGUGCUCCCCCCUUGUCCCCUCACCUUUGACUUAAUGUUUGCCUUUGGGUAGCUGUUUAGAUUGCUAUUGUAAAGCUAGUCUCGUGGUUUCCUGUCCUUUACUAAUAUUUAACAUGUUUUUCUCAAAGCUUUCUUUCUUUCUUUCUUUUUUUUUUUUUACAAAAUUCAAAAUAAAAUGAUUAACUAGCUGA